CGCAUCGUCUCUUUCUGCAGCAUCACGUCUGCCCAUAGUCUGAUCUCGUUCUGAAGUCUCGCGAAGGUCGCACGAGAAAGAGAAGCUGCGUUUCAGGCAAUCGCCAUUUUGGAUCUAUCCCCGCGUUGUUGCUAAAAUGCAAGCAGUCUUAUUUUGAGCCAACAUGACAUCAGUUUCUCCAUAGUCCUGUAUGAGUUUCAUCUUCCCUCCCAUCCCGUAACUAACGAUGGCGUCCGGCGGUGCAGGUAGCAGGGUCUCCUGCGGGAGAGAUUUGAGUUGUGUUCCCGAAGUGGCGGAUACCCUCGCUGCGGUCGCCAAAUUAGGCUUUGAUUUCCUGUGCAUGCCGCUGUUCCACCCGCGGUUCCGACGGGAGUAUGAACUGGACCCUGCUAAGUCACGACCCGGAGCCCAAACACGCUCUGACCUGCUGUUAUGUGGCAGAGAUUGGAACACACUUAUCGUGGGAAAGCUGUCACCCUGGAUUGAGACAGACUCAGAGCUGACCACAGAACGCAGGAAUUCAGAAGAAGCGCUGGUACAGGAGCUCAAUUUCUGUGCUUAUCUGGGGCUGCCAGCUUUCAUGAUCCCCCUAAGGGGUCCGCACUGUGCCAACCUGGCUCGAAUCCUGCUUAACCACAUCCACACAGGACACCACUCUUGCAUGUUCAUUUUCACAGGGGCAAACCGCCACAGUGAGAAAGACAUGCGCUCGUACCUGCAGUAUCUGGAGUACCUCAACCAAAACCGUCCAGCGCCUAAUGCCUAUGAGCUCUUCGCCAAAGGCUAUGAAGAUUACCUUCAGUCACCACUGCAGCCUUUAAUGGACAAUUUGGAAUCACAGACGUAUGAAGUUUUCGAAAAGGAUCCCAUCAAAUAUUCUCAGUACCAACAGGCUGUAUAUAGAUGUCUACUAGACAGAGUUCCUGAAGAACAGAUGGAAACCACUGUGCAGGUUUUGAUGGUACUAGGUGCAGGUCGUGGUCCACUGGUAAAUGCCUCACUUCGUGCUGCAAAACAGGCUAAGAGGAAACUGCGUGUGUAUGCCGUCGAGAAGAACCCAAAUGCUGUUGUCACGCUGGAGAACUGGAAAUUUGAGGAGUGGGGUGAUCAGGUGACUGUUGUAUCAUGUGACAUGAGGGAAUGGACUGCUCCAGAGAAAGCAGAUAUCAUUGUGAGCGAGCUUUUAGGCUCAUUCGGAGACAAUGAGCUUUCACCCGAGUGCCUGGAUGGAGCGCAGCACUUCCUCAAAGAUGAUGGCAUAAGCAUUCCCUGCUCUUACACGUCUUUCCUGGCUCCACUGUCCUCCUCUAAACUAUAUAAUGAAGUGCGUGGGUGUCGGGAGCGAGACAAAGACCCCGAGUGCCAUUUUGAGACACCAUAUGUUGUCAGACUACACAACUUCCACCAACUUGCAGACCCCAAACCCUGCUUCACCUUCGUACAUCCCACCACAGAUAUGAAUAAUAACCGGUAUCAAUGUCUACGGUUCUUCAUUGGAUGUAAUUCAGUGCUUCACGGCUUUGCUGGAUAUUUUGAGGCCACACUCUACAAAGAUGUCACGCUCAGUAUAAAACCUGAAACACACUCUCCUGGGAUGUUCUCCUGGUUCCCCAUUCUAUUCCCUUUGAAACAGCCGAUCCCGCUGUCCUGUGGCAAUAAUGUGAGCGUGAGGUUCUGGAGGUGUAACAAUGGAAAGAAGGUCUGGUAUGAAUGGGCUGUGACUGAGCCUAUAUGCUCCGCUAUUCACAACCCUUCUGGGCGCUCUUACACCAUCGGCCUGUAGCAAGCUGACAUCUGCUGAGACAUGUGGUUACACUGACUUUUGUUUUGUCUUGUUGUUGUUUUUUA